ACGUCUUUCACAUUUACGUUAUAUUUGAAAAAAACGAGUGACGCUCACUUAUCGUUCACUAAAUAUUAACGUGAACGCGUAAACGAGCGUCCAUGAACAACUUUCUUUCCAAACACUGCUAUUUUCUAGGUUUGUUUAUUCAAUUGUUUAUAGAUAAAUAUAUGUUUUGUUUGCUGAAUAAUCAUUUAAAUACCAAAGCAUAAACUCAACACUCUGAAUAUUAUUCAUUUGUUGCUCCUACGUUCUAAAACGUCCUACAAAAAUGUUUAAAAAUAUUAAUAACAUUUUAUGUAUAUUUUUGAUGUUGAAUUUAAUUGGUUAUAUAUACGCUGGAUCUCAAGAUACUUGUAAGGGUCAGUUGGGUCAUGCUGGUUUUAUAGUUCAUGAUGAUAACGGAAAGAAAAAAAAUGGAGAUAAAUCAUUUAUCAAUACUCAGAUUAAAACUUGGAAAUAUCCUCCAAAUGAUUUACCUUACGCAUACUCCGCAUAUGACCAUUUGAAAAACUUCAUAGUACAAUUUAAAAAAAAGAACAAGAAGAUGCCAAUGGAAUAUUGUGAAAGUUUAGAUAAUAAAUAAAAAAUAUUUAUUUUUUACUAUACAUAUAUUCGUCAUGUACCUACUUUUAAUAAAUGAUGAUGUUUAAAUGUAAGA